GAUACAGAUGAUUCAUUCAAGUCAAGCAGAAAGUCAUAACGCCGGCUUUAUAAAUGGACACCAAAUUCAUCGGCUUCCUCCUCCUCCUCCUCUUUCUUCUUUCUCUCUGAGCUGAACCUCGAAUCUGCUUCUUGCAUUUUCUCUUUGUGAAUUCGAGAUCCGUUUUUUUUUUGUGUGAUUAGUAUUAUAAGCAAAAUGGCUUCGCAAUACGCUGGGUAUUUUGGUUGUGAAGAGCCACACUUUUUGGAAUCUUGCUCUCUUUGCCGUAAACCGCUUGGUCUUAACUCCGAUAUCUUCAUGUACAGAGGGGACAAGGCGUUUUGUAGCAAAGAGUGUAGAGAAGAACAGAUUGAGUCUGAUGAAGCUAAGGAGAAAAGCUGGAAAAUUUCUGCAAGAUCUCUCCGGAAAAAAUCUUCCGAAGCAGCAAAAGAUUCCGCCGCCGGCAAAACCGUACGGACAGGAACUCUCGUGGUGGCUUAGUAGAAGUUUUUUACCACACAUUAAGAAAAUCAAGCAAAUAGCUUUCUGUAUACCUUUUUCGUCUAAAAGCUAUAUCCUUCAAAACCCUCUUAUUAAAAAAAAACCUGCAAAGUUUUGCUCUGUUUCUAUUAUCUUUUUCUGGAUCGGAGCUGAAAUGGGAAAAAUUUCUCUGGUUCUCAAAUUCUGAUGUCGGGAUCUGAGAAAUUGUAGAUCUGGUUUAUGUAAAUGUAUGUGGAGUUUGGGAAAGGGAGAGAGAGAGAUGACCAUCUUUUGGCUGUGUGAUGGUUUUGUUCUCUGGGGGUUCUAAAUUUUGUUCGAUGAUGUUCCACUAAGAAACAGAGCAUUCUAUGUUCCAAAUUCAAUUUCUUUUAUCUUCUCAUUAUCGUAUCUAAUAAAUCGACAUAAUUUAUUCAA